AUGCAGUCCAAAUUUUGGGCCAAGGGGGUGGAUGAUGAUAGUGGUGACAAUGCGACUGAAUCUUCUGAAAAUGAAGUUGAUAACAAGAAACCCCUAGUAUCGGCCCAGGCAGAGCGAUGGGCAGCCAUUGAUAGCAGCAGCUCGGAAGGGGAAGAGAGGGUAAUAAAAAGCUACGAAGGAAAAAGGAUUGACUUUUAUAAAAAUACGGGGAAUAAUUUAAAUGAAGGUAUGAAUAAUAAAGAUUUCAACCAGCUAGUAAAGGAUUACGAUAAUUUAUAUAAAUUUAUGAUUAAAGAAAGUGAAGAUCGAAUACCAAAAUUUGCAAUUGUGUACUUAGAUAAAUUAGCGAAAUUUGUUGAAAGUACAUUUCAAAGUAAUGUAGAAAAAAAGGAUCUAAGUAAAAAUAAAGCACAAGCAUUAAAUAAACUGAAAGCAAAAAUUAGAAAGUGUAGUGAGUUUUAUCAAAACAAACUAAAGUUAUAUCAUGAAAAUCCAGACGAUUUUAAAAUGGAUCAAGAUAAGGAUGACGAUGAAGAAGAUAAUGAGGAAGAGGAUGAAGAAGAGGACGAAGAAGGAGAAGAAGAUGAGGAGGAUAAAGAAGAGGAUAAGGAAAAAGGAGAAAAUGAAGAAAAGAAAAAAGGAAAAGAUGAAGUAAAAAUAAAGAAGGAUAAGGAAAAAAAUGCUGAUGAACAGGAUGAUAGUGAUGAUUGGUCAUAUAGUGAUGAUGAUGAAUAUGCAUCAGAUGAUGAAGAUGAUAAAACAAAAAGUGCUAUGAGUAAAUGGGGAUUAAAAACAAGUGAAAAAGUUGAAAAAAAGAAAGCAGUAAAAACUAAAAAAAUAAAAAAAGAUGGUGUUAAAAAGGAAGAAAAAACAAUACAUAUAGAUGAAAGUCAGUCAGCUAAGAAUAAAGCUUAUGCAGAAUUAUUAAGUACUAAAAAUUUAUCAGAAGAAGUUAUAAGAAAUAGAGUAAAGUUUGUUAUUGAAAAGAGGGGCAGAAAAGGCUUAGAUAAACAUGAGCAUAUCAACAUUUUGUCUAAAUUAUGUGAAAUAGCAAAAACGAUAAGUACUCAGUCAUAUAUUGAAGUAUUAGAGCAUUUAAUUAACUUAGAAUUUGAUGUUGUUUCUAGUGUUUAUACAUAUAUGUCUUUUAAUAUAUGGAACAAGGCAUUUAAAUAUAUUGAACUUAUAUUAGAUUUAUUAAUUCAGAAUGAUAAUUUUUAUUUAAUCUCUAUUAAUAUUACUGAAGAAAUAACAGAAGAAACUAUUAAUGAAAAGGAAAAGAUUUCAAGAUCUUGUAAAACACUUAUAUCCUUUUUGGCAAAGUUAGAUGAUGAAUUGUUGAAAGCUUUACUAUAUAUCGAUGUUCAAACAGAAGAGUAUAGAAAAAGGUUGGGGAAAACAGUUCAUAUGAUUGGAUUAUUGUAUAAAGGCUACAAUUAUGUGAAGUAUACGAAAAAAAUGCCUGACUUGGCAAUAUAUAUUUCGACAAGAAUAUUGGAACACAUGCAUUACAAGCCCGAAGCGCUGUUUAAGCAAAUAUGGCACUUGAUAACUGACGGAAAGGAAAGCCUAGAAUCGUUAUAUGAUGCCAGCAGUGCUGACGGAAAGAAGGAAAACAUAAAAGAAAAUAAUGCAGAUGUUAGUGGGGUUGUUAACGGCGCGAAUUACGUUGCUAACCACGUUUCUAACCUCGAUAACAAAAACAAUAAUGAUGAUGUGGAAAAGAAGCAGAAGGAACAAUCGAGAAACGAUUCAAAUUGUUUGAAAAAAAGUGAACAGUCGUGUCCAAAAAAAAUUGUUGAAAAAUAUGUGUAUGAAAUAUUUGAGCACGGCACAAAACAGCAAAAAAUAAGAGCAUUACUACAACUGUCCUAUAAUAAAAGUUUACAUGAUGAUUUUUUGGAGGCAAAGGAGUUAUUAAAUGUAGCAAAUGUUCAUGAAUUAGCUCUUAGUUCAGAUAUACAAACACAAAUAUUAUACAAUAGAAAUUUAAUUCAGUUAGGAUUAUGUGCAUUUAGACAUGGGAAAAUAUAUGAAGCACAUUGCUGUUUAGUAGAAAUUUGUUCUCAAAAUAAACAUAGGGAAUUAAUUGCUCAAGGUAUAUCAACAUUAAAAAAUCAAGAAAAAACAGUAGAACAAGAAAGAGCAGAAAAAAGGAGAUUACUGUCUUUUCAUAUGCAUAUAUCAAUUGAAUUAAUUGAAUGUGUUAAUAAUAUUUGUGCAAUGUUAUUGGAAGUACCAAAUUUAGCAAAAAAUUCGUAUGAAUCAAAAAAGGAUGUUAUAUCAAGACAAUUUAGAAGAUUUUUAGAUAUAUAUGAUAAACAAAUUUUUAAUAGUCCUCCAGAAAAUAAUAAAGAAAUUAUUAUAUUAGCAACAAAAUAUUUACAAAAAGGAAAUUGGAAAUUAUGUUGUGAAAAAAUAUUUAGUUUAUCCAUUUGGUCCAAAUUUACGGAUAAGGAAAAAGUUCAAGAUAUACUUCAAGAAAAAAUUAAACAGGAAGCUAUGAGAACAUAUAUAUUUCGUUACAUAUCCAUAUAUGACUCUUUUUCAGUAGAACAAUUAUGUGUUAUGUUUGAUUUGAACCAAAACAUUGUUCAUUCACUUUUAAGUAAAAUGAUGAUAAAUCAUGAAAUACCGGCAUGUUGGAAUGAAAGUAGUCAAUAUAUUCUCAUUAACAAAAUUAACCCCACAACCCUGCAGACAAUGGCCCUCAAAUUGGCAGAAAAUAUUAACGAAGUGAUGGAGCAAAAUGAGUUAUCCUUAAAUAUGAAAAAUCCAAAGUUCAUGUUUAUGCAAGAGAGGAGAACUCAGUUAAAAGAUGAAAAGUCCAAUUGGACGCACAAAAAGGGGGACGCAAAGUACGGAAAAAAUUAUAAUCAGCACAAAAAUGUGCAUUAUAAAAAAAAUUAUAAGGACAAAAAUGCGAACAAAAAUUACACGCAAAAUUAA